UGAUUGGAGAGUGGACGUGGCCGGAAAGGCCUCCUGAGACUCUGAUUGGAUGGUGGAAUGAGUGGGUUCUGGGCCCUUGUCCCGGGCUUCUGAGCGUGAGCGUUGCUACUUGCGGGUUGCAGCUAUGCGGAAAGUGGUGCUGGUUACGGGGGCGAGCAGUGGCCUUGGCCUUGCCCUCUGUGAGCGGCUUCUGGAGGAGAACGAUGAGUUACACCUAUGCCUGGCCUGCAGGAACAUGGCUAAAGCAGAGGGUGUCCGUGCCCAACUACUGGCCUUGCAUCCCCGUGCCGAGGUCACCAUUGUGCAGGUGGAUGUCAGCAAUGUGCGGUCUGUGCUCCGGGCCUGCCAAGAGCUCAAGCAAAGGUAUCAGAGACUAGACUACAUUUAUCUGAAUGCAGGAAUUAUGCCCAAUCCACAGCUGAACAUCAAAGCACUUUUCUCAGGCCUCUUUUCCAGAAGAGUGAUUCAUAUGUUCUCCACAGCUGAAGGACUGCUGACCCAGGAAGACAAGCUCACUGCUGACGGACUCCAAGAGGUGUUUGAAACCAAUGUCUUUGGUCACUUUAUCCUGAUCCAGGAGCUAGAGGCUCUCCUGUGUCAUGGGGACAGUCCUUCUCAAGUCAUUUGGACAUCUUCUCGCAAUGCCAAGAAAUCCAACUUUAGCCUUGAGGACUUCCAGCACAGCAAAGGCCAGGAACCCUACAGCUCUUCCAAAUAUGCCAUGGACCUCCUGAGUGUGGCUUUGAACAGGAACUUCAACCAAUGGGGUCUGUACUCCAGUGUAGUGUGCCCUGGUACAAUGCUCACGAACAUGACCUAUGGAAUCCUCCCUCGUUUUGUUUGGAUGCUGCUGAUGCCCAUCACAUGGCUGCUUCGCUUCUUUACAGACUCCUUCACUUUGACAUCGUCCAAUGGAACAGAAGCUCUGAUCUGGCUUUUCCACCAAAAACCAGAGUCUCUUGAUGCUCUGACCAAAUACAUGAGUGGCACCUCUGGCUUCGGAAGUACUUACGUCAGAACCCAAAAGAUGGACCUGGAUGAAGACACUGCUGAAAAAUUUUACCAGAACUUACUGCACCUGCAAAAGCAUAUCAGGAUUGCCGUGCAGAAAGCAGAUGAUGGUCUAGUGAGCUAGCUCACCUGAGAAGGCUUCAGUGGAAGCUUCAGUGUUGGAGUGUCUUCUCUCUCCCUCUGUCUCUAUCUAAAUAGUUGCCCCGUAGGAUUGAAACCCUGGCAGCAACAAAAGAGAAAGAAGGGAAGUGAAGCAGAGCUGACACUGACAGCUGAUGCCUCCUUUACCUGGCUCUCUCCUUUUGAGUUGGGUGGUGUGCAUCUGUGGCAAACUCAGAACUCUGGUCGCCUCUCCUCUCCUCUCUGACUUCUCUCUAAGGCCGUGUGUGUGCACAUAGGGAAGGGACUGGUGGAGUAAAAUGUCGUUCUCCAGACUGUUGUUUCUUGCAGGCCAUGACUCUUCUGGGCCCGGUCCCCAGGAAGGAGGACUCCUGCCCACUCUGUGUGGCCAGAUUAACUUUCUCCCUCUUCUUAGUGGCAGUUUUAUUCUGCCUUUGGACUUAAUUCUUCCUGCAACAUGAUGUUUCCAAGAAUUCUUGAGAUUAUUACAUCCUGGUAACUGUGAUCCAAACAGCCCUGCUUUUGACCACAAGGACAAAGGCACAGAUGUGUUUAGGCUGCUGAAAUCCAUACUCACUCUAGUUUACAAGUGUCUUUUCACUGAGAUCCCUGGCUAGGCAGGAAGUGGACCUCACUCUAGUCUCUUGGUUGUGACCUUGUGAUCUUGACUUCCAGUGGUAAUGUCCUCAGUAGAGGACACAGGCCCUCUAGAAUCUUCCUCUGAGGCGAGGGCCUUCGCUUCUAUGCUGUGGGGGCUCUUAGGCACACUCUGCUCUUCCUCGGAUCUUGGGGGCUAUUGGCCUUUGUGUGUGUGUUGGGUUGCCUUGGUGCCUGAUGCUUUGGAAAAGGGGUGAAGAGAUGUCUCUGGCAACCACUGGAGAGGACUGAACUCAGCACCUCGUGCCUGAGGGUCCGAUACUUCAUCUGCUCCAUCCAUCAGGGGGCAGAUUUUUAAAAAAAUUUUCCCCCCUGAGUGUGGGUUCCCCCUUCUCAUUCCUAGCCAAUGAAUACACCUUUGCUUUCCCCAAA